AUGGCGAAUCUUUCCACUCAGUUGCCGUCUCGGCCGUCGAGUCUGUCGCCUCCGCGCUCGCGGGCGGCCCAGGAGCAGAACGCCCAAUUCACUCCAUUUGAAGAUUUGGCCGACGAGCCGGACAACGUGUUGACUGUGCGCGCAGUCCUCGUGGGCAUCGCGUGCGGUGCUUUGAUCAAUGCCUCAAACAUCUACGUCGGUCUGAAAUCCGGCUGGACAGCUUCUGCAAACAUAUUUGCUAGUAUCGUGGGUUUUACGGUGCUGAAGUUCUGCUCAAAGCAUCUCUCCCCCAUUGCCCUCAUCGGCAGCCCAUUCGGGCCCCGAGAAAACAACAUUGUCCAAACAGCGGCAACUGCAGCCGGUGGCAUGAGCAACGUUUUCAUAUCUGCUUUUCCAGCAAUGUACCAGCUGGGGCUCCUUGAAUCUCCACAACAAGAUUACUGGCGAAUUGCUUCAUUAACCGCUGUAGGAGGUUACUUUGGCCUCUUUUUGGCUACUCCUUUGCGGGCUUUUUUUAUCAAGUCAGUUGGGCGUGAGCUGGGGCUUGUGUUUCCCUCCUCCUCUGCGACUGCGGCGACGAUCAGGGGCAUGCACAUGGGGUCUACUGGCCAAGUGGCUGCGAAACGUAAGACUAGGGUACUAGCAGUAGUAUUCAGUGUUUCCGCUGGCCUGAGGGUAGUGUCUGAAUAUGCGAUAGGGAUACUCUGGGACUGGCAUAUAUCAACAUGGCUUUUUGAAUCUGGGUUGAGCAAAGAGUUCACUUUGGCGCUUGAAUCUUGGGGUUGGUUUCUAGAAUGGUCGCCUGCAUUUAUCGGCUCUGGGAUGCUCGUUGGCUGCAACGUCGCCUUUUCAUACCUUCUCGGAACCGUUAUAGCAUGGGGUAUUAUAGGACCUCUUCUUGUAGCUCGGGGUAUUGGGUUCGGCGUUGCCCAGUCAUCGGACCCACGCUGGUCCGGAUACGUGUCGUAUGGCAUGCUCUCUGAAGAUUUUACUACCGCCGAUCACCCGAGUCCGCGGUACUGGCUGCUUUGGCCAGGCGUCUCAUGUAUGAUAGCGGUUGCAUGUACAGACCUGCUCUGCCAAUGGCGAACCUUUUGGCUCACUGGACAUGCCAUGUACCGAUCACUGGCUUCGCGUGUCAGCUAUCCCAAGCUACUGCCUCAUCUAAAGGGGUGGACUAGGAUUCCUGGCUCAGUAGAGGAAAAGGAGGUUGCUCCAAAGAAAGAAAACUAUUUACAAGAGGAAGAAGUUUUGGAAGCCUCCAUGUGGGCUCCAGGGCUUUUGCUUACCGUCGUCCUCACAUGCAUUGUAAUGCAGAAACAGUUUGGCGUCGAGAUCGGACAGACACUACUUGCACUUUUCCUCUCGUCAAUAUUCUCGUUUAUUGCCAUCCAGGCCAGUGGUGCCACUGAUGUUACUCCCCUGACGGCUGUAACGAAAGCUUCUCAGAUCAUCAUAGGUGCGGACACAAAAGGGCAAGGACUGACCAUGCAGCAAGCCCAACACGUGAACCUGCUCGGAGGAGCACUCGCAAAUAUCGGCGCCAAUCAAGCCGCGGACCUCGUCGGAGAUUUCAGAGUCGGAUUUCUCCUCCGCACGGCCCCCAAAACGCAAUGGCUGGCACAGAGCCUCGGGACGGCCGUGGCGGUCCUGCUCGCGCCCGCCAUCUACAUUCUCUUCGCCACAGCCUACCCUUGCAUCCAUGCCACGGCCGACAACUGCGCCUUCCACGCACCAUCAGUGGCCGCGUGGCGGGCAGUCGCCGUCGCCGUCACCGACCCGGCCUUCGCCAUCCCGGCAUCGAGCGCGCGCUUCAGCGUCGCCCUGGCCGCUUUUGGUUGCACCUCGACAUUGGUGCGCCAGUUCGCGUGGACGGGCUCCCGCGCUUGGUUGCGUGCGUGGCAUCCUAACAUGAUGGUUGUGGCGCUACCGUUUGUCAUUCCGACUACCGUCGUUGGGUCAGCUAUGGCUGUGGGCGCUUGUGCUGCCGCGCUUUGGGCCAGAAGGUCGCCUGCUUCCCAUGCAGAGUUUGCGCACAGCGUUGCUGCGGGGAUGAUGGCUGGCGAGGGCAUCGGCGGUGUGCUGUCUGCGGUUAUUCACGUAAUGGGUCUUUCGGGAGAUCUGUAUGGAACUACCUGGGGCUGUCCGGCGGGUAUGUGCUAA